CCGCCCCGCGCUGCGCUGCCAGCCCCGCCGGAGCCGCCCCGCGUGGUGAGGAGGCGGCGCGGAUCUGCACCAGCUGUGAUUGACAAAAUGUCAAUAGAGUAAGUGACCUACCCACCAGAACUUGCCAUGAAUCAUUUGGUUGGACCGCCUGAUGGGGAGGUAAGUGAAGAGCCAGCAAGUGGAGCAGUGAAUGAGUCAGUAGAAGCUGACCUGGAGCACUCACAGGUGGAAGAGGAGCAGCGGUAUGCAGCUCACUAUCCAAGGCAUACAAACAGCAGCCAAGGGGGCCUGCCUGGGCAGGAGGAGGAAGGGAUGUUAGCUCGGUCAGCCAGCACUGAGAGUGGCUUCCACAAUCAUACAGAUACUGCAGAAGGGGAUGUGAUAGCCACAGUGGAGGAUAGUUACGACACAGAGAGAGUUCAGGAGAAUGAAGAUGAGAGUGCGUAUGCAGUGCAGUAUAGGCCUGAGUCUGAGGAAUACACAGAGAAUGCUGAGGCUGAGCAUGGCGAGGCCAUUCAUAACCGAACACUGCCCAAUCACUUACACUUCCAUUCCAUCGAGCAUGAGGAAGCCAUGAACGCAGCCUACUCGGGUUAUGUCUACACACAUCGACUAUUCCACCGAGGGGAGGAUGAGCAGUAUGCUGAGCCUUACGCUGACUAUGGACUGCAGGAGCAUGUGUAUGAGGAGAUAGGGGAUACACCAGACCUUGAUGCUAGGGAGGGGAUCCAGCUGUAUGAGCGGGAAAGGGAGGAGGCUGACAAUUACCGCAAGGAGGCCCUUGGUGCCCGUCUUCACCAUUAUGAUGAGCGGUCUGAUGGAGAGUCUGACAGCCCAGAAAAGGAGGCAGAGUUUGCACCCUACCCAAGGAUGGAUAGUUAUGAACAAGAGGAGGACAUUGAUCAGAUUGUGGCAGAGGUGAAGCAGAGCAUGAGCUCCCAAAGCUUGGACAAGGCAGCUGAAGACAUGCCAGAAGCCGAGCAGAGUUUGGAGCAUGCUCAUGCUCUUCCUGGUGGGGGGCAUGAAAGCAAUGGCCAGCUCCCACCUGGUUCUCGAGUUACAUCCAGCUCGGGAGAAACUGUGCAGAGGUACAGCAAGGAAAAGAGAGAUGCAAUUUCACUAGCCAUUAAGGAUAUUAAAGAGGCUAUUGAGGAAGUGAAGACAAGAACCAUCCGUUCUCCUUAUACUCCCGAUGAACCGAAGGAGCCUAUCUGGGUGAUGCGGCAGGACAUCAGCCCGACCAGGGAUUCUGACGACCAGAGGCCACUAGAUGGAGAUUCUCCAUCUCCAGAUUCUUCUUCACCUCGGGGUGCUGAGUCGUCAAGUAGGCAACAUCACCAGGAUGUCUGCAGUACAGCAGAGCCCUCCACUAAUAAAGAGUCCAGAAAAAGCUUGGCUUCAUUUCCAACCUAUGUUGAAGUUCCUGGACCGUGUGAUCCUGAAGACCUAAUUGAUGGAAUCAUUUUUGCUGCCAACUAUCUUGGUUCAACUCAGCUCCUGUCUGAUAAAACUCCCUCCAAGAAUGUGAGAAUGAUGCAGGCUCAGGAAGCUGUCAGCAGAAUCAAGAUGGCCCAGAAAUUAGCCAAAAGCAGGAAGAAGGCUCCAGAAGGGGAAUCUCAACCCAUGACUGAAGUGGAUCUCUUCAUUUCUACACAAAGAAUUAAAGUACUGAAUGCAGACACACAGGAAACUAUGAUGGAUCAUCCUCUGCGGACCAUUUCUUACAUCGCAGAUAUAGGAAAUAUAGUUGUUCUGAUGGCUCGUAGGAGAAUGCCACGGUCUAACUCCCAGGAUAAUGUGGAAGCAUCUCACCCUUCCCAGGAUGGAAAGAGACAGUACAAAAUGAUUUGCCAUGUCUUCGAGUCUGAGGAUGCACAGCUGAUUGCACAGUCCAUAGGUCAAGCCUUUAGUGUAGCAUACCAGGAGUUUCUGAGGGCGAACGGAAUCAACCCAGAAGACCUUAGCCAGAAGGAAUAUAGUGACUUGCUCAACACCCAGGACAUGUACAAUGAUGACCUCAUUCACUUCUCCAAAUCUGAAAACUGCAAAGAUGUUUACAUCGAAAAGCAAAAAGGAGAAAUCCUAGGUGUAGUAAUUGUGGAGUCUGGCUGGGGAUCCAUUUUGCCUACAGUUAUCAUAGCCAAUAUGAUGCAUGGGGGACCAGCAGAGAAGUCUGGAAAGCUGAAUAUAGGGGACCAGAUCAUGUCAAUCAACGGGACCAGUCUGGUUGGCUUACCUCUCUCAACAUGUCAGAGCAUUAUAAAGGGUUUGAAAAACCAGGCUCGGGUUAAACUGAACAUAGUCAGGUGUCCUCCAGUGACCACUGUCUUGAUCAGGAGACCGGACCUCAGAUAUCAGUUGGGCUUCAGUGUGCAAAAUGGGAUUAUUUGCAGCCUCAUGAGAGGUGGUAUAGCAGAGCGAGGAGGUGUGCGUGUUGGCCAUCGCAUCAUUGAAAUCAAUGGACAGAGUGUGGUAGCAACACCCCAUGAGAAAAUUGUUCACAUUCUCUCAAACGCUGUUGGUGAGAUUCAUAUGAAGACUAUGCCAGCUGCCAUGUACAGACUGCUGACUGCACAAGAGCAACCAGUUUACAUCUAAAGCUGACACUCACCGUCACAAUGUGCAUGGAGGAUGUUUUUCCUCAAUAGUGCUUGUCACUCUAGUGCUGCAUUUAUGUGUCUGCAGAGAUGUUUAUUUCUUUAUCUCACUCACAAGCAUACUGUCUCUCUCUCCUCCCUUCUCCCCACCAUUUUCCUGUAUUUAGGGAAGGGGCAAAAUAUAUCUACAGGACUAUUUUGGUUGCAUCUCUUUUUAAGUGAAACUAAAUGCAGUUCCACAUGCAAAACAAGAAAAUAACAGCAGCCUUCUUCACUGCAGGAUUCACAAAAAAAGAUUAGAUUUGUUUGAGUAAUUCUAAUAACUAGGGGUUUUUGUGAUUGUAAUUUCACAAAUUAAAUAAGCUUGAUGUUGCAAAAUGAAAGAUGUUUUUACUAGACAGGCAGAAAUGUAGGAAGUAAAGUGUUCUCUUGGACAUCCUGCAUGUGAUGAACUUUCCUUCCCAUUUUCCCAUAGGCUUUCUGAAAGUCUGUAGAGGUUUACAUCUGUAGGAAAAGUACAAUGCUGGGAUAAUUUUGCUCUCCAGAAGAAUGAGUGAAUGCUGCUGUGUUAAAAUAGACUGUCCAAAUACACACUUUUUAACUACUCCCCAUCAGCAGUUUGUCCUGACUGUAGGACUCCAAGAAGUUCUUCCUGAGAUGCCUAAACGUGUUACAAUUCCAUUACUUACACCAAGUAAUGGGGGAAGCUUUUUGUUUUUUAACAACUGCCCUCCUUUCUCUGCCCCAGUUUUCCAACUCUUUGUUUUGUUUUGCUUUGUUUUUAAAUGUAACGUGUCUUUUAUAGUCCCUUACCUGUUUUAGAUGUUAAAGAUGGGGGGGGAGGGUGGGGAGGAUCUUUAAAUAUCUACAAGAGAAAUAGUGAGGGGCUUUCCUGAAUAGCUACACUUUUUCUAGGCUCUUAUUUCCGCAUUUGGUGCACACAGCAAUGCGUGCCGGUGUAUAUAGAUGUUUUUAAAAUUGUGCUUGCUAUUUAUGAAGUUUGAAUAUAAGAGAUCUGCAUACUAUUCUAAGUAAUUUCGUUCUCUGAGCCAAUUUUAACAUAUAUUUUUGUCCAAAGACUUGUCUAAUUUUAUUGACUUUCUCUUUAGUUCAUGACAUAGAUAAUAAUCGGAGCGGUAAAGUGGGGAUAAACAUAUUUAUUUUAAGUUAAGUUGUGACUUUUUUUCCAUUUGUAUGGCACCUUUAGGAUAUAUAUGUGUACUAUAUGCACUUGUAUGAAGAUAUAUUGUAGGGAUGUAUGAAACAUAGGAUUUGAGUGGCCUGUAACUUGCAUGCUAGAGAUAAAAGGGGGAAAACGGGUUGGGUUGUUUCCUUUUUUUUUUUUUCCUUAAGGAAUAAUAAUAAAUAAAAGCAGUGACUUUUCUUCCUA